AGGUCUGCUUUAAAACUACUAUGCAAAUCUUUGUAAAAAGACCAGAAGCAGUGUGUUGAAGUUAGCUGUUACCUUCUGUGUGGACUGAUGUUCUAGCAUAUGUGUGUGCUUUGGUCUGCAGACUGAACCAUGCCAGCUUUGUCAACUGGAUCUGGAGGUGACACAGGUUUGUAUGAGCUGCUGGCUUCAUUGCCAGCCCAGCUGCAGCCACAUGUGGACAGCCAGGAAGACCUGACCUUCCUUUGGGAUAUGUUUGGUGAAAAAAGCCUUCAUUCACUGGUAAAGAUUCAUGAGAAAUUACACUACUAUGAAAAACAGAGCCCUGUCCCCAUGUUGCAUGGUGCAUCAGCCCUGGCUGACGAUCUGACUGAGGAGCUGCAGAGCAAACCACUAAACAGUGAGAUCAGAGAAUUGCUGAAACUGCUGUCAAAACCCAAUCUGAAGGCUUUGCUUUCUGUGCAUGACACUGUUGCUCAGAAAAGCUAUGAUCCAGUAUUGCCUCCCAUGCCUGAUGACAUUGAUGAAGAAGAAGACUCUGUUAAAAUAAUCCGGCUUGUCAAAAACAGAGAACCACUGGGGGCUACUAUUAAAAGAGACGAGCAUACUGGAGCAGUUGUUGUGGCUCGGAUAAUGCAUGGAGGAGCUGCAGAUAGAAGCGGACUCAUUCAUGUUGGUGAUGUGCUUAAAGAAGUCAAUGGAAUUCCUGUGGGUGAUAAGAAACCAGAAGAAAUCAUACAAAUUCUGGCUCAGUCUAAAGGAGCCAUUACAUUUAAGAUUGUACCUAGUAUCAAAGAAGAUACCCCAUCUAAAGAAGGCAAGAUUUUUAUGAAAGCUCUGUUUGAUUAUGAACCCAGUGAGGAUAAAGCAAUUCCCUGUAAAGAAGCUGGACUUCCAUUCAGAAAAGGUGAUAUUCUUCAGAUCAUGAGCCAGGAUGAUGCAACCUGGUGGCAAGCCAAGCUUGAAGGUGAUUCCAGUCCCAGAGCAGGCCUAAUUCCUUCAAAACAUUUCCAGGAAAGGAGACUUGCAUUAAGACGAUCCGAUGUUCAGGUUCAGCCACUGAAAAUUUCAAAUCGAAAAUCAUCUGGUUUUAGGAGAAGCUUUCGCCUGAGCAGAAAAGACCGAAAAACAAACAAGACUAUGUAUGAAUGUAAGAAGAGUGAUCAAUAUGAUACAGCAGAUGUCCCAACCUAUGAGGAAGUAGCAAAAUAUAGACGGCAGCCUAAUGAGAAAUACAGACUUGUUGUCUUGGUUGGUCCUGUGGGUGUAGGACUGAAUGAACUUAAACGGAAAUUGUUGAUCAGUGAUACUCAGCAUUAUGGUGUAACCGUGCCACAUACCACAAGAGCACGAAGAAGCCAAGAAAGUGACGGCGUUGAGUACACUUUUAUUUCCAAGCACUUGUUUGAGACAGACGUGCAGAAUAACAAAUUUAUUGAAUAUGGGGAAUAUAAGAACAAUUACUAUGGUACCAGCAUAGAUUCAGUUCGAUCUGUUCUGGCUAAAAAUAAAGUCUGUUUGUUGGAUGUUCAACCUCAUACAGUGAAGCAUUUAAGGACAUCAGAAUUUAAACCAUAUGUCAUAUUUAUAAAACCUCCAUCAAUUGAGCGUUUGCGAGAAACCAGAAAAAAUGCCAAGAUAAUUUCAAGCAAAGAUGAAAAAGGUGCUGCCAAACCCUUCUCAGAAGAAGAUUUUCAAGAAAUGAUUAAAUCAGCACAAAUAAUGGAAAUCCAGUACGGUCAUCUUUUUGACAAAGUUAUAGUAAAUGAUGAUCUAACUACAGCAUACAAUGAGCUGAAAACAACCUUUGACAAAUUGGAAAGAGACACCUUCUGGGUUCCAGUCAGUUGGGUGCAUUCUUAACACUAUAAACAAAUUAAAAAUCUUCAUGGAACUUUAUAAGGGUGUUUAGGUAGACCUAAAAUGCCAUUCUGUUGGUGGGAAGCUUUUCUUGCUUUGGCGCAUUGAUGAUUAUACAGACUUUGUGCAGUGGAAUGUUGCUCUUUUCUGCGUGUGAGCCUUCCUGUUUGGAAAUAGGGAGACAGGAGACAGAAGGCAACAAUGAAGCCUUAUUUUACUUAAUUCAAAUAACCACUUUUUUAAAAAAAAGACAAAAAAACCCAGCCCUAAUUAUUGUGAUACCAGAUUUUAAAAAUAGUCUGUGCCUCCAGCGUGAGACUUCCAUGAAGUCACAAUGAUCAGAAGGUGUGAGAUCCAUAUUUAAGUGGUCUCAAACAUUGCUGGUUACAGAGCAACGAUGCGUGCUAAUGCUCGAAGAAUGUAAAACUGGAGAAGACAAAAGGGGCUAAAAUUUCUUUGUUUAGUGUAUGUGUUGAAAUUGGAUUAUGAUAAACAUGGCUGUGUGUGUGUGUGUAAACUGUUUUCCAUGUUCAACCUUACUCUGGUAUAGCAUUGCCAGGUCCCUCCUGGCAACUGAUGGGGAAUUGGGGAGAGAGAUUUACCAGGAGCAGAAGGGAGGUCCAGCUGGCAUUGCAGUGACAUGUCUACAUCACUUCCAACAUGACCUGGAAGUGACAUCAUCAGGCAGUGACAUUGGGGUGAGUAUUUAGGCAAAAACUCUGUAGUAAAUUUGGCUUCUCCAUAGAGUUUUUGCCCUGAUGUCACCAACAUGAUGUCACUUCUGGGUCACAUCAGCAGUGACAUAGACAUAUUGCUGCAACGUCAGCUGGUCCUUGCUCUUUUUCCGGGUAAGUCUCCUUCGCCAGCCAUUUCUUAGGAGGUGGGGCCUGGCAACUGGGGACCUCCACCUUGAUGGAGGGGUCUGGCAACCUUACUCUGGUGUCUUUAUCAAGAGUGCAAAUUUAACAUACUUUGUAACUACGUUUUAAUGUGGUCUUUGAAGCUACAGUCUCCUACUAUUGUAGCUGUGCUUUGAAGGGUGUAUAUGCUGGAAUGCUUGCAUGCUUGGAGGUAACUUGAAUAUUUUAAGUGACCAUUAAGUGAACAAUAAGCAAUAAAAAUGAUUUGCAUUUAAAUUUUUAAAGUUAAACCUGUGGUAUUCAAAGCAAUGGAAAGCUUUAAAACUAAACAUCAAGAUCUCGGGUUGGUUAGAGUAGCUUUUAUGUAACUCAAGUGUUGGGGUGGAGACUUUGUAGCAGAGGCAGCAGCAUGUGGAAUUUGUUUAUAUCACUGCUUUAUUGUUUUAAAAAUUUAUAAAAUAGCCUUUGUGUGAUUCCACAAGCUGUUUUUUUUAAUGUGAAAACUUGUUAAUUAAAAUGUGGGUAUCAUUCCCAUUUUCCUUUGGCCUUGAACAGUAGAAAUCUAAGCUGUUUUCUCUGGAAUGAAGAAGAUGGUGGCUUCCCCCCCCCCCUUGUGUUCCUAUUGAGCAAAAGUAUAUUAAUAGAUGUGGAUGCAUGUUGUAUGUAAGUGAAUCUGUCUUACCAAUGGUGUGUGACGGUGACGCAUCACAACUUUGGCAUGCAAACAGGAAGCCCAGUUAUUUUAUGUUAACAUGUACAAGGUUUAGCUGACUUAUUUAAAGGCAAAAGAAUUUAGUGAGACUCUAUAUAUUUAUGAAAAGAGGUGAGAAGGGAUAUUAAUUUUUUUGAAUUUGUUGUCAGUGUGAUCAUUUAUUACACAGACCACUAGGUGUCUGUGAUUUGAAACAUUGGCUUUAUAAACUUAACAUUCCAUAUAAAUAUUUUACUUCAGAUGCAGGUAAACUGCCAGGUCUUUGCAAAUGUAGUCUAAAUAGAUGGUUGGAUUUUUUUUUUUGUUCAUUGCAUUUCUGUCUUUAAAUUGUGUAAUACAAGGGAAGUGCCAACAACCAAAUGUAGCCUUUUGGAAACAUUUAUGCUAGUUUGACGCAUCCUGGCACUGAGCAUUUACAAUAUAAUCUUGAGUGUACCUCAGGUCUUAAGUGUUUUGAAUGAAUUAAAUGUGACUGUAUUUCAGCUGCACCAAUUAGUUGUGUGAAAAUACUGAGCUGUAAUUUUUUCCCUACUAGAGUGUAGUAAUUUUUCCAAGUAUUUCACUGAAUAAUAAUUCAAUUUGGUUCUUUAAUUAGGUACUGUGUAUAUUUAACUUCCAGUGCACACAGUGAGAACCAGUGCCAGGAUUGCCUGUUAACUCUCAAGGUCUGAUUUUUGGUGUACAGAAGAGUACAGUUAAAAAUGACCCAGUGUAUAGGCUAUAGCAAUGAACCUUUCCGGACCUGGGACUCGCCUUCAACUCUCAGGUAGCCGCCUGGGGCGCAGUGAGCACAAGCACAGGAUACCAGAGUAAUGUGACAGGAAGUGGAGGAGCCAAAGCUGCGACCUCAUUGAUAUUAAGACCAGGACUAUGGAUAGCUGACCAAGGAAGCUGAGAAAGAGGAAACUUGGGCUGAGCACCACUGGAUAUAUCGCAGUGCAGAACAAACCAAGGCUUAGAGCCAUGGAGGAGUUCUCUCCACUAAUUAGUGUUGCCUCAUCAUCCUUCUGCUGCUAUCGUAGUGCAUACAAGGAGAAUUGAAACAUGGUGCACUUGAGUGCUAAACUUGUGUACUAUAAGUAAGUCCUUCAAAAAGAAGCAAAAAAACACAGCUGUAUAAGGACUCAUGACCCAGCAGGUGAGCCUGUGAUCCACCUGAGGUUUGAAGAUGGGGCUAUAGUAUGUAACUCCUUCCGUGUUUGUUUGAAAACAAACAUACCUUUGGAUUGUACAUAUCAUAAAUUGCAACAGCCUUGACAACUCUCUGUAAGAGAAACUGACACUUUUAUCAGUGACUGAUACCUGAACUAUAGCAUUAAGUACUGUGUUCUUACUUGCAAUAAUCUAAAUCAUUAAUCAAUGUAAGAUUGCCACUGCCUUUGGGACUGAGAGUACUUGGAAGCCCGUGAUAGCUUUGGCAUAAUUUCCCAAGCUUCAGGUGAAUUUUUGACAUAUUUUUUAAAAAAAAUCAAAAUGAGUUACCUCUGAUGUGCACACAGCUUUGUACAAAUAGGAGCUGUCCAUUCUCUUCAGUGUUGUGGAAUGCUCCAUGGGUAUACUGGAACUGUGUUGAGCUUUGGAUUUAUGUAUGUAGGAUUGGUAAAACUUAAAAAACAGAAACCUGACAUCUUUUCCUGGCUAAAGGUGAAACUUAAAUUUUGAAUUCCUCUACAUUGUACUGCAUGUUCUUGGGAAUUUUGUUUUUAUGUCUGUGUGAAGAUAUCCUUAUUGUAUUUUUUGCUGUUUUGUCACUGUAAAAAUGUUGGACUUUUAUAUUUUUCUGAAUUCACAGCAAUACUUGAAGUUGUCUUCACUUACAUGUAAACUGUAUCUAAAAUACAGCUUUAUCAUAAUAAAUUAUUAUCAUAAUAUA